AUGAACAUUUUGAUAACUUUCUCUAAUCGAUUGAGAUGGGUUCCACAUUGAUGCUGGCUGUUGUGUUUGACUUCGAUCUCGUUGCUUUUGCACUUGCUAUUGCCGCUGAGCAGAGGAGAGCUUCUGUGAGUUCUUGUCUUCAAUUUCAUUCUAACUCUGUAUGUUUUGUUAAUUUCAAGUGCUCGGAUUGUUCAAGAUUGUCAAAUUUUAAGGUACUCACACAAAAUCUACCCAAACCAAUUCUAUAUUGUGUUUUUGAAUCUGAUAUAGCAACGGAUUUGGGUGUGGGUGCGCUAUUGUUCCUUCUUGUGAGCCAACUACUUGUAAUGGUUGCAACCCGUUGCCUGUGUUGUGGACCAGUCCUGUGCCCUGGUCGUUCCAGAACAUUAGCCAUCUUCUUAUUCAUUACAUGCUGGAUGACAUUCAUCAUUGCUGAGGCAUGCUUGCUUGCGGGGUCUGUCAGAAACGCGUAUCACACAAAGAAACUGUCUGCUAACCCUCCUUCAUGUGAGACCUUGAGGAAAGGGGUGUUUGGUGCCGGGGCUGCAUUUGUGGUUUUCACUGGUAUCGUUUCUGAGCUUUACUACGUUUUAUAUUCGAAAUCAGAUGAAGGUGUCAUCCCUACAAAAGAUAUGGCAUAAGAAUGGGAGCAUUCAACUGAAUCACUUUGUUAAUGUCCUUUUGUGGCUAUAUUUGUGUUUUCAAACUUAAGGACGGAUCAAAGUGGGAAUAUUUGACGAUAAUAAUCCCUGGCCCAUUAAACGUUGAGUAAUUAGUGUUGUGGAUGUCGUUUAUAUGAGAAAUUAUGUGAUGAUCUCUAUGUGUUUUUACUGUAAUUCGGGUUCAUAAUUGGUUUUUUUUCGUAGAAGUUGAAACUAUAGUACUUUUGGCAUGCAUAAAAUCCAUCCAUAUGCAAUUAUGCAUGAAUUAAGGUCAAAUAUUCUCUA